CACCCUCUCUCUCCACUAUAUAGACUUCUUGUGUGGAGUGGUCUUUAAGUGCCUCAUCUUUCUUUCCAUCCUAUAGUUACAGUUGGUCCAUCAUGACGGAACAACCUCGCUCAAUGGAGUCCCGCGUGGGACGCAAAAACCAACGGUACGGUCCGAAAGGCGAACGGCUAGUGGCCGGUGUUGUACCGUUGUCCGCGGACAAGACUCUGGUCUUGAUGAUCCAGUCCGCAGGGCGCGGCGGCUGGGUCCUUCCCAAAGGCGGCUGGGAGACGGACGAAAAUAGCCCCCAACAAGCCGCCUGCAGAGAGGCCUGGGAAGAGGCUGGAGUAAUAUGUACGGUGCACAAGGACUUGGGGCAAAUACCCGACAUGCGCCCCUCGACUUUAUUGUCAACCACAGCACCCAAGGCGUCCUACCAGUUCUUCGAGGUGACCGUGGACCGCGAAGAGGAGCAGUGGCCCGAGAUGCACAAGCGAAAACGGCAAUGGGUUACUUAUAAGCAGGCUGCCGAUGCUCUGGCCAGCAGACCCGAGCUUUUGGAAGCGCUCAAUCGCAGCUCCAUGCGGCGGUAGCGAUGGGCUUUUUGUUUUCCGCAAAGGAGCUUCAAGCUUCCAUGACGACCUGAAAUGAUCUAGCCAAGGAAAAGCUGUUUUCUUUUUUACUUGCAUUGACUGGCUUGAACUUCCU